CACAGAUCGCAGAAGAAAUGAAGCCAAGUCCUUUUGUUAUUUCGAUAUUAACAAAGCUUAUCUCCAUUAUACCCAAAUGGAAAAUCAUUCCUAGUCAAGAUAUCAUCGAGAUUUCAUAUAAAGAGCCAGAAAUAAGAAAACAGGUUAGAGAAAAUCCGUUAUGCUCCAAAGGACGACCACGCUUGAAAACUGCGUAUGAGCUCUUAAGGAUCAGCAACGACUUGGAGAAGUCACUUAAAGAGGUUUCAUUGCCGUUUAUGGUAUUACACGGAGGUGAUGAUAAAGUAACAGAUAAAGCAGUGAGCCAAGAACUGUACAAGGUUGCGUUGAGCGCUGACAAGACCUUAAAGUUGUACCCUGGGAUGUGGCACGGUUUGCUCAACGGCGAGACACCAGAGAACAUUGAAAUUGUCUUUGCCGACGUCAUCGGAUGGUUGGAAAAAAGAAGUGAUUAUGGAAAUGAUAGGUUUGAGUCGGAGCUUAAACAGAAUAAUGAUGGUUUUAAUUUCAAGGAAUAGUCGUUUGACUUGCUACAUUUUUUUACACAAGUGUUUUGAUGAAAUUCUGGUGUUUUGCAUUUUGAUUUUUAAUGCUGCUAUUGUGAAUUAUACUAUAUAUUUAAAGAAAAAUUAUUUCAUGUUUACGCUU